GGAAAAAUAACAGCAUAUGGGUUUGGAACAACAUGAGGUUAUAACAGUCUCUGGCAUGAGUCACCGUGCGACAUCAGUGAGUGGAGAGGAUAAGAGACACUGGGAAGUGCUGCUGUGACUUUAGUGAGACAAAGAAAAGUUCAUGUGGAUCUGCUGGUCAGAAACUCCUCACACAUGGACCUGAUGAUGGAGAACACUAGACAGACAAAGUCGGUUUCCAACGACAGCGCGUACGACUCCUCAGCAAUGGACACAGACACAGAAGAAGGACAAACCCACUCCAACAUCACACUCAUCCUCACCUACAAUGAAGAGCUCAUGCAUAAGACUAUACUAGUUGGAGACAGUGGAGUGGGGAAGACAUCUCUGUUAGUGCAGUUUGACCAGGGGAAAUUCAUCACAGGAUCCUUCUCUGCUACUGUGGGCAUUGGCUUUACGCUGCCAAAUCAAACAGAAGGAAACUAUAAUGGACAGUCAGGACUGCUGAGAGGAUUAUUGGUGCCCCUCUACCCAACCUCCAAAACCUGUACAUCUCCAGAGUGA